UGCCGAUCGAGGUCAAGAAACGAAUGAUUCGUUAUUGAUUUAUCACAUGACACAGUUUUAUGCGCUGCGUUGGAAUGAUCAUAUUGCGAUGAUGAGCUUUACCUGCUCGGAUUACAAAUUUGGCGAUGAUACCAUGGGCCAUUGACAACAUAUGAUGGCAUGCGUGCGCGAACGAAAAAUGGGGGGAAUGACAAAAAUAUUUUGUUAAUGAACUCUUUCUUAUGACCAUUUGCUACUCCUGUUUUUGUCAAAUGGGCAAUAUUUUCAGUACCACCACAAAAUCCGAAAAUCACCGAGCGAUUAUUUAAAUCUUUAUCUGGCUGGAUCUUCUUCAUUACCGUUCAUUUGUGAUUCGAAUUCAGAUGUGAAUAGGUUGAGAUUGAUUUGAACAGAGUUUGAAUUUUGUUUUCUGUUUGUUUUGCAAAGUGACCGUUACAAUCCGAGUUUUCUUUUGUGCGAAGUGAUUGUGUUUUCUUCUCGUUUUAUUCGUUACUCGCCGAAUUGUGUUCAUUUUUCAUCAAAGAUGUGGUGCAAUUCAAAAAGUUUUAUGUUGAUGCUGAUGACAUUAUUGUUUACAUUAAAAACAAUUAGUGCCGCUGAAUAUUCGAAUUCAACGGCUUUAUCGACCGUUCCCGAUGAUGAUUUCUACGGAAUGCCAGUGUUUUAUAAAUCCAAUACACCAAUCAAACAGUUUCUAAGCAAAUCGCAAAUGAGCAACCAUAUUCAAGAGAUUCUUGAACCAUUGUCACCGUACAUUAUCAGUGAUGAUCGAAAAGUUGCAAUUCGUAACCGUCGACAGGAUGGUGGCGCACAAUUCUUGGGUGCUGCACUACCACCACCAGAAAUCGUUCAAGUUGAGGAAUACAAAUUCGGAUAUAUUGCCGCCGCUGAAAUUGGAGACUACACAUUCAGUUGUAAACAAACCAAUGGUGAUUUGAUGAUCUUUAACCCAACACUCCCGAUGGCUACCCAAUUGCGAUCAGUGCCUGCAUUUACAGAAUUCCAAAUGCAUCCACGUCCAGGUGUUUGGUGGUGGGUGAUUUGUGUUACAUUCGAAAGUGGUGGCGCCGGCAUGGGUGUUACUGGUGCACAAAAGCCGGGUGGUGACCAGGGUAUUGACCCAAAUGCAUUGAAAUCAUUGGUUGGAUAAAUUGAUCCUGCUCUCAUCGCCAAAAAGAUGCGCAAAAUGACAGAAAAAAAAAAAGAAAUAAAAUAUUGACCUCAUACUAUUUAAAACCAUAGCAAGCUAAAACUCUAUUUAAAUAUUUAAAUUAUUUUCAUUGAUAAUAAUUUAAUCAUUUUACCGUUAUCUAGUAUUAUUUUAUGUGUUUUGAAACGGAAGAAGAAAAAUGCAAUUUUUUUUCUUUUAAAUUCAUUUCACUAUGCAUACCACACCAAAACAAAAAGAAACAUAUGUGUAAAGAAAAAGCAAAAGAUCUAUGGACUAUGAUGAAUAAAUUAGCAAUAAAUUGUCACGAAAGUGCGAACAGCAAGCAAAUGUGUCUGCGUUUAUAUUUAUCGAAUUAAGAUAAAAUGUAUCAAAAGGUUAAAAAAAGAAAAAGUGGUAAAAGUGACAUUGGGAGAGUGAAAGAAGAAAGAUAUUUGUUUUGGAACAAGAGUCACAUCUUUCUGUUUUGGGAAAUUUUCUUCUUUGAUCAUCUGUGCGAUACGAUUUAUAGUUUCACCGGCAAGAUGGCUUAUAUAUUGCCAAUGCGAAUAUCGACUGCAUUGUUGAAUAUUUGAUGGGCUUUGUGUCGGCAGUAAACCGUUAGAAUCGUGAUUGUUGCUGUAGCCGUUGUUGUCGGUCGGACACGAGAAAUAUUGCAAGGAUAUGAUUUUUUUUUUGCUUCAUUUUUCAGUACUAGAUUGUGCAGCAGUGCGUUACCUCUGUAUGCGUUUAAAUGGGAAUCCAAGUUACUACAUGCACGCAUAAACAAUUCGACACCACUCUUACUCACUCACACAUACACACACACACAACGCGCGCUCACUCAUCCAAACACGGGAAUCCUAUCACUUUUUUCCCUUUUUCGGAUAACCGUUCCAAUUGCAUGGUUCGCUCUCUCUCUCUGUGUUUAUUCCCCCUUUUUUUGCAGCGAUGAUUUGUUUCAAUGUACGUUGUGUGCGUGUAAUGAAUGUCAACAAAUGGCGUCAGUCUCAUCACAUCCUUUUGUGUUAUAGAUUCAUCCAUUCAUUCAUUUCAGCCCGUAAAUUGUUUCUUUGAACAUUUUCUCCGUUUUCCUGGCGAAAUUUGUUGUCUUCUUUAUAUGUUUGCUUGUUUUUCUCACGCGAAAGAAAUCAUUUUGUGAACGAAAAGCAAAGGUAAAAGCAAAAAGGAUAAUUUUGUCAAUGUGAUUUGUUUGGUGUUGGUUUUUCCACUUAGUUGUCUUACUGGAAUUGUUAUAGGCCUGAAAAAUGAGAUACAAUAUGUAGUGUGAUGUAGAUGAGUUCUAUUGAUAAUCACCGUGGGAGAUACAUAGCCACACCGAGAUUUCUUCGCUUGUUCUUUUUUGUUCGAUUAGUUUAAUGAGAUUUAACGGCAAACAUGCAAGCAAAUCGAUUACAUUUUGGAGUCGUUCUUUUGAUUUUA